CACCUCUCCUUCUCCCUUCCCUUUUCAAUUUUCUGUUGUAGCUCUAUAUUUCUAGUAGUUUUGCGAUUAACGUUAACUCGUAAGUUGAUUUAGUAUUACAUAUUUAUUUAGUAGUUUUGCGAUUAACGUUAACUCGUAAGUUGAUUUAGUAUUACAUAUUUCUUUAGUAGUUUUGCUAUUAACGUUAACUCGUAAGUUGAUUUAGUAUUACUUUUUAUUGUUAAUUUUUAUUUUUGAUUUUUAUGAUAUUAACUUAACUACGGUUUUAUCGCAGAUGGCAUUCCAAAAGUUCACGCUUGGCUUACGGUGGAAUGGUUACACGGAAGAGACCGGAAAGGGUGCCACCUACGUAGGUGGAAAUUUUCAGAAGAUAAAGGUCGCUACCAGACCGCUGCUUGAAGACCUCCAUCAAAUGUGCACUAACGUUACUUGCAUGGAUGGCACGAGAAAAGUUGAUCGUAUGGUGUACCGAUAUCCAAACAGAGAAAGUGGGUCAUUGUGGCAUGAGGAAUAUCUCAUAACCACUCAGGAUGAGGUAGACGCCAUGCUCGAAUUCAUGAGGUCCAACAAUCUUUCCAAAGCCGAGAUGUUCGUUUACACCGAGCCGGUCGUAGGCGUUGGAGGUCAUUCUGGACACGGUCAAACAUCUGGUAUCCAUGGUGGAGGUGAAUACUAUGGCGAUCAUCUCUACCAAAGUUACCAUGAUCCUAAUUCAUAUUUUCAGUACCAAGAGCAAGGUGAAGGUCAUCAUCAAUCAUAUGAAGAAGAAGUUCAACCGGACCGGCCCAACCAACCUCAGUACAACUUCCUCUCAGGCAGCGGUAGUUUUCACAACUACCAUUAUGGAGCUGAUGAAGGUGCCUUUCAUGAGCUGGAUCAGAUGGAGGAUGUCAUGGCAGCACCAGUCAGUGACCCCUCCGAUGAAGAAGGAGAGAACAACGUCAGUGCAGACAGCUCCGACCCUCUAGAAGGUGCCGAUGAUUCCGGACCAGAGUCAGACUCAGCUAAUGAUGAUGAGGGGGCUCGUGACCGUGUACCAGUCCCCUACUACAAUCACAUUCCAGACGACAAUUGGAUGGUCGACAGCGACAUGGAGCCGCCAGAGGUCCCAAUAUGGGGUCCACUCACUGGGUUUAUGAAGGGCCAACAAUUUGGCUCGAAGAAGGAUGUGCGUCACGCCAUUGAGACAGAAGCAAUGACUCGGCAUUUUGAAUGGCUCACAACUCAUUCCAACACUAAAAGGCUCUUAGUCAGAUGCCGUAAUCAUCACGAGGGGUGCAAUGUUAGGAUUCGGGCCAUCAACAGCAAGAGACACGGUUGCUUGGUCAUAUCCCGUGCGGUGAACACACACACAUGUGUGUCAUCCAUAACUUCCCAAGGCCAUCGACAGUUGAAAUCCAGGGUGGUUGCUGCGGCUAUCAAGCAUCUAAUUGAGCAAGAGCCAGACCUAAAGGUGAAAGUCAUAAUCGCUGACAUUGCAAGUCGUUAUGGUUAUAUGAUUAACUAUAAGAAGGCGUGGCAUGGAAAGCAGAAAGCUCUGGCCGCCGUCUUUGGUGAUUGGGAAGAAUCGUAUGCAUUCCUUCCCAGAUUAAUUUUGGCAUUGGAGGCGUCUAACCCUGGCACGAUUUUCUCCCCUCGAUACCAAGAUGAAGAGAUACAACCCCCAGAGCCAGGUAACAAGCGCCAUGUAUUGAUGGUUUUGGCUUCUGUGUCCCUAUCAUCCAAGUGGAUGGAACAUUCCUUACCGGCAAGUACAAGGGCACUCUCCUGAUUGCCAGUGGGGCGGAUGCAAACAAACAAGUCUUUCCUUUAGCCUUCGCCAUCGUUGAGGGAGAGAAUGCUGAUAGCUAUGGGUGGUUUUUCCGGCAAAUCCAGAUCCAUUGUACUAGGAGGACGAACCUUACAAUAAUCUCUGAUCGGCACG